CCAUCUCACUUUAAGACUAGUUAGUCAUUGCGGACGUUCAUUAGUUGAUCAAAGCUCAUCUGUCAUUCCAUUGGCAAUUGCUGAGAGAAGUUUACACCAUAGGUCCAUUCUAUACAGUAGUUUAAAAAUGAUUGUGACUAGAUAUUACAAAUUUUACAUGCCUUUAAGACUUUAAUGAACCACUGAUCUUUUGUUGUAAUUGAAUAACAGAGUUCAUUUGUUUGACAAAUAAUGGAGUGUGAUAAUGAAUAUAUUCAGCCACUCUAUUGAUCAGUGUUAACAAAAUGCAGAAGUUAGAUUACUGGUUAUCACUGAAGCCUGUUCUCUGUUGAUACUGUAUCAGUCAAAUUUCCGUUGUAGUUUAUCACUCCUCAUUUUAUUACUUUUUGAUGAUGGAAUAACAUGUAUCAUGGAGAAAAAUAACAUUAAAACAGUAAAAAUUAGGUAUUUGUUUGUGUUGAUAAAAAUGCAAGAAAACUUUGUGAAACUGUGGGUUGACUUACAAUAGAAAGAUUUAGAGCGAGAAGACUGUGAAGGUUAUUGAGUUACACAAUGGAGGAUGCUGUAAGACUCCAGUGCUCAGACACUCCUGCAGCUGUUGAAAGAGGACAUGUUUUGUACAAAGUUGAGAAUCGCCUGCCUUUUGUGUUUUCAUUCUUGAAUGCUCUUCAGAUCCUAUUGUGUAAUGUACUACAUAUCCUGUGGCUGCCUAUACUGUUGUCUCCAGCUCUUUGUCUCCUUCCUGCCGAUCCUGCCAAGGUAGUUCUGGUGUCCACAGCCUUCCUUACCUCUGGAGUUGUCACUACCUUGCAGUCCUUCCUCGGAGUCAGACUCCCAACUGUAACCGCCCCAAGUGCACUGUAUGCUACCAGUUUUCUCUCCCUAUUGCGGACAACGCAUGAAUGUCCGAGCAAUGGGGACUUGUAUGCGAUGGGCCCUGAGCUGCGGGCACUUGAGUGGCAAACUCGACUACGUGAGCUACAGGGAGCCUUGAUUUUCGCUGGUAUCCUACAGACCCUACUUGGCAUCUCUGGUCUUCAGGCCAGGCUGUGUCGAGUAUUGAGUCCAGUGGCAGUCGCUCCUGCUGUGAUCUUAGCUGGUCUCACCUUGGUCCAGGACUCCAUCUCUCAUCUGACUGAACACUGGAUUCUAACAGCGGGGAUUGCUGUUUUUGUUGUUCUGUUUGCUUAUUGCUUGCAAAAUGUUCGUCUUCCACUUCCAACGUUCUCUAUUGUCAGUGGCCUUACAGCAAAGUGUUUUCCUGUCUUCCAAAUGUUUCCUGUGUUAUGGACUUGUGUUGCAGUAUACCUGACAUAUAAGGUUGCUGGUAUGUUCCACACUUCAACGGAGUAUCCGGAUACAAACAUGAUUUCCUUGAAGGAGGCUGUUGACAACUCUAAGUGGUUCUUUUUUGCAAUUCCUUUUGAAUGGGGGCUACCAACGUUAUCUGUUGCAACAGCUCUACAUGUGCUGCCAGCUGUGUUGCUACAAUCUCUUAUCUCCCUGUUCAUGUUCUAUGCUGCUGCCAACACCUGUGGUGCACAACCACCGCCACAAGCAGCUGUCAGACGAGGUCUGACUGUAGAAGGUCUUGGCCUAGUAUUUGGAUCUGUCUGGGGAAGUGGAGUUACAACCAGCCCAGUCAACAUUGGGCUCAUGUCAGUUACAGGGAUUGUCAGUCGUAACACAACACAAUUAGCAGCAUUGAUGAUGAUCUUCUUUUCUCACUUCACAUGCCUCACUUCCAUUGUUGCCAAAAUUCCAAUUUCAUUCCUUACUGCAUUGCACUUCUGUCUUCAUGCUGCUCUAGUCUCUGUAGGAAUAUCUAUACUCAAAUAUGUAAAUUUCUCAUCCCAUAGAGAUGGUACAAUUGUUGGAUUUUCCCUUUUCCUUGGUGUGAUCGUACCAAAGUGGGUAUCUUACCCUGACUUUCACAUAGAUACAGGCCUGCAACUGCUUGAUGACUUUCUCGGUCAGUUCUUCACGUCCUCAGUUUUUGUAGGGGCUCUCUUUGGCUGUCUCUUAGACCUCUUACUCCCAGGGAGAAUAAGCAAUAGAAAAACUCAUCCCUGGAAAUAUCAAUCAGAAGAAGACAAGAAGAUUUUCCGUCUUCCGACAUGGGAGGAGUUUAUAUGUAGUGCCCUUGAAAGAUCUCCUUUCUUUUCAACUGAAUAGUUUUAACAGAAUUAUUAUUUAAUGUAGUAAUUUAAAUAUUAAGUUGAUUUAUAUUGUAUGUCCGUUGGUAAAUAUUAAAUAUAACAAUGUAUUAUA